AUGCUCAGUACGGGGCCACUAGCAGGCCGGCAAAUUGGGCGCUCGGACCACCAAGCUCAGCAAAAAUUCGAUCACCCUCCAGGCCCCUGCAAUGGGAUUGUGUCAAUUUUCGGUGUUGGGGAAGGGACCUGCAGGGAUGUGUUCUAG